CGGAACGACUUUUCCGAUCCUCAAGGUGGAAAAGGAAUAUGCGACCGCCAAGCAGCGACUAUUAAAGGAGACAUUGGAAGAUAUGUAAACGAGGGCAGUGAUGUGACAACAGCAAUUCAGCUCAACAGACAAUUCAGUCUGGUCCAGGAUCUUGCGCUAAGGCUAGUUACGUUACAUUCAACCCGUCAAGCACUCGGCACGUCAAAUGGGAUGGUGUAAGCUUACUCAACAACUUCAAGUAUAAGGAGAACGGAAUACGAGCGUGGAGGGCAUUUAAUGUGGGUCCUGGAAAGUUGCUACCGUGGUCUCAGUUUGAAGGAGUUUUGCAGGUCCUUUUUAAAUGUCGUAAAAAUGACAGUGCACAUUAUUUAUUCUUCGGUGCCCUCUUUGGAAAAUUCUUAGUAUUUUUCAUCGAAUAUUGUCAAAAUUAAACUUUAUUUUCUCUAUCAAUGACAGACUGUAGUGUUGUUUGACAAGCGCAAUCAAUAAAACAUGCAAGUCGCAAAACUCAUAGUGUUUUUAAUAGUCGCAUUGGACAACAGAAUGAAGAGGAUACAAAACUCAUUGGAGACAGUUCCUGCUUGGUAGUACUUUUUUUAGUUGUUAUUUACCUGAGCCCAUAGGGACGAGCUAUUUUGAAAGGUCAAAUAUCUUCAUGGAUUGGAAAAAUAUAUUCCUAUUCCAGUGCGGCUACUUUUCACAGCUCUUGCUGAGUGACCCGAAACAACUUCCUGUAUGGUGCAAAAAUUAAUACUUUUGAACAUGAUGUAUUACUCAGUAAGUGACACAGGCAUAAUCGGAAAAAAAUCCGAGUGCUUCAUGAGACAAACAUCCUGCAUACUGCUAGGAUUGGAAUGUCAUGUGUGGCAUACGCGCAAUGGAAUAAAUGUGAUGGAAUAUUUUUAAGCCUGGUGAAUAAAUGAGAAUGAUGUAUUAUUCAGUAAGUGACACAGGCGUACUCGGUAAAAAAGAAAUCCGAGUGCUCUCGGCCAUCAGGAGUCGAAACUAUCGACAUCGUGUCAGGUUAUGCUUAAAUGACACGAUGAGACGGUACGGGUAGUCAUCUCCAAUAAACUCGUUGGCUUUUAAAAACACGCAAUCUUGCUGAAAUCAAUUCUGGUUCAAGUCCGGAGAGUUUUUUAGGACUUCGUGCGAUGUUUUAUAUCCUUGUUACUCAGCGUGAGCAGUGUGACGAAAGCUGAGUAAGGGUAGAAAUAAGCCAUUGGAAGUUACUUAGCAAGUGCGUUCGUCUGCGCAGCAAAUCCCACCGACAAUAUUCAAGAACGAGCAAGACGUCGUUGUUAUGUAUGUCUAUUAACUUCGCCAACAACAUACUCUGGUUAUAUGGUUAAGUAGAUUUGUUUAUUUAGAGAACGAUGCAAUAUUUUCUUUUCGUGGAAACAGUUACUUCCGAUUGGUUUUCGACGGCACAAAACUUCUCAUACUAAAUAAAAUCAAUUCUAACUGAGCUAGAAUUACUAUUAAGGUUUUCUUUUUUUUCUCAGCAAGUUAACUGGGAAACCUGGCACAUCUUUGAGUAAGAUAUUUUAAAAAUACGACUUAUUUAAAAUCAACGGAUGUAAAUAUCUGUUUGUUACUCUACUAAUUGUAGCUAAGUCGCUCGUGCGUGACGCAGAUUAGGGAGCGAGCCUGUAAGAUUUAAUUUCAGCUCGUGGUAAUUUUGGUGUUUCAUAGUUUGUUUUACCUGUGUAGACAAUAUUUAACAUUGAUAUAUAUUUUUAAAACGCUUCAAACCGCUAAAAAAGCAAAACCCUUAUGUUUUAUGUACAAACUUUGGCCGAGGAGUUAA